AUGGCAUUUGGAUUGCUCGACAGCAAAAGCAAAACAACCGAGAAGCAGGUUGAAAAUGGCACCCCCGGUGUUGACGCAGAUGAAGAGCUCUUGCGACAACUCGGCUAUGAACAGGAUUUGAGCCGUUCCAUUAAUGCCUUUUCUAACUUUGCAAUUGCCUUUUCUUGCUGCUCAGUCUUAUCGGGCUUGACUCCCAUGUGGGGCGAUGCCAUGAAUGACAGUGGAUCGCUUGGUGUGAUUUGGGGUUGGCUCAUCACCGGUACCUUUACCAUGAUGGUGGCCAUGUCUCUUGCCGAGAUUUGUAGUGCCUACCCUACCACGGGUGGUUUGUACUUUUGGACAAGUCGCCUUGCUCCUGGACCCUACAUGCCAUUAGCGUGUUGGUUGACGGGCUGGUUCAAUUGGAUCGGCCUUUGCUUCGGUAUCACCAGUGUCGAUUUGGGAUUAGCUCAAUUCAUUGCCGGCGUGAUCAAUGUUUGGCAACCCGAGGUGGAUACAUCGGUGUACAUGCAAUAUGGUAUCUAUGUUGGUAUCAUCGUCGUCCAUGGUAUUCUCAACUCGAUCGCCGUCAAGUUUAAUGGUUUCAUCAACCAAUUUGCCUUCUUUGUCAACAUGGCUGGCAUUCUCUUUAUUGUCAUUGUCGGUCUUGCCAUCACUCGUCCUCUUGCCACUGGUAGCUUUGUGUUUUCAGAGUUUUACAAUGGCUCUGGUUUCUCGAGUAAUGGCUACGCCUUCCUUCUUGUGAUCCUUCAAUCACAGUAUACCCUUUCCGGCUAUGACAGUGCCGCUCACAUGGCUGAAGAAACCAAAAACUCCCAACAUGGCUCGCCAUUCGGUAUUUUGACAGCUGUAGCUGCCAAUGCAUUUAGUGGUUUCAUCUUUUUGAUUGGUAUCAGCUUUAUGGUCAAAGACUUUACCGCUCAAAUCACAAGUGACAGCGCAAUCCAGCCUCAGAUGGUACAAGUCUUUUUAGAUGGUGUUGGUCCAGCAUGGACAAUGGUCUUUUUGAUCUUUGUAAUGUUGUCCAUCUUCUUUUGUGGCAGCAGUUUAGUCCUAGGAUCCAGCCGCAUGGUCUACGCAUUCUCAAGAGACGGCGCUAUGCCGCUUUCCAAGUACUUGCACUCUUUAGAACCUCGUACCAACAACCCUGUUUACGCUGUGUGGUUCAACAUCACUGUUUCAGGCAUCGUUGGUAUUCUUUACAUGAUCAACAGCACAGCUUAUGAGGCCAUUGUCUCGGUUAACACAAUCGGCUCCCAACUCUCUUAUCUUGUGCCCAUUGUUCUACGUAUCACCGUUGCACGCAAAACUUUCCAGCCUGGUCCUUGGAACUUGGGUCGCUUUUCUACCAUCGUUGGUGUUAUUUCCUCAUGCUGGCUUAUCUUUACAUGCUGCCUUUUCAUUUGCCCCACCGAAGCACCCAUCACUCCCGAUAACAUGAACUACGCCAUUGUUCCCUUCGCCUUUAUCAUGAUUCUUUCUGGCGGUUACUUUGCCCUCUUUGCACGAAAAUGGUUCACUGGUCCCGUCCGUGUCAUUGAUGGCCAAGAAGUCGUGCUUGGAGACGAUGAUGAUUCAGCACCAAAGUCAGCUGCAGCUUCUCUCAAAGCCGCAUCGAUCAAAGUGGACGAAAAGAAAGCAUAA